UGUUAAUGUCCUCUGUCCUGUCCGUUUCCUAGGCGAUGAUCUACAACAAGAUCCUGCGUCUGUCCACCUCUAACAUGUCCAUGGGAGAGAUGACCCUGGGCCAGAUCAACAACCUGGUUGCCAUAGAAACCAACCAGCUUAUGUGGUUCCUCUUCCUGUGUCCCAACCUCUGGGCCAUGCCGGUGCAGAUUGUGAUGGGCGUGAUCUUGCUGUACUACCUGCUGGGGACCAGUGCUCUGAUUGGAGCUUCAGUCAUCGUGCUGCUGGCUCCAGUCCAAUACCUGAUCGCUACCAAGCUGGCUGACACCCAGAAGAGCACCCUGGACCAGUCUACGGAACGUCUGAAGAAGACCACAGAGAUUCUGAAGGGGAUCAAGCUGCUGAAGUUGUACGCCUGGGAGAACAUAUUCUGUGACAGUGUAGAAGAUACCAGGGGCAAAGAGCUCACCAGCCUCCGCACCUUCGCCCUCUACACCUCCAUGUCUAUUUUCAUGAAUGCUGCAAUCCCCAUCGCUGCUGUGCUUGUGACGUUUGUCAGCCACGCCCUGAUCAACAAGUCCAAACCCAGCUCCUCGGAGGCCUUCGCUGCUCUGGCCCUCUUCCACAUCCUGGUUACCCCACUGUUCCUGCUCUCCACCGUGGUCCGCUUUGCAGUCAAGGCCAUGGUCAGCGUCCAGAAGCUGGGUGAGUUCCUGCAGAGCGAUGAGAUUGGCGAUGACAGCUGGAGGAACGGAGACAUGCCUGUGUCCCUAGAGGCCUGUAAGAAACACCCUGGGGCGACCAAGGCUAUAAACAGGAAGCAGCCCCUGCUCUACCAGAUGGACAACUAUGAGCAGCCAGCACGCAGACCACUGCGACCCAACGAGACUGAGGACGUGGCUGUCAAGGUGAACGGUGGAUUCUUCACAUGGGGAAGCAACUUGUCAACGUUGUCCGACAUCAACAUCUGCAUUCCAACAGGUCAGCUGACCAUGAUCGUGGGCCAGGUGGGUUGUGGGAAGUCGUCCCUGUUGCUGGCCAUGCUGGGAGAGAUGCAGACCCUCAGUGGAAAGGUCUACUGGAGCAAACUGCCUGUGAGUGAGAUGCUGCACGAGGCCAACAGUUGUUUUGAGACGGACGGGUCUUUUGAAGAAACCAGGAGUAAGAACAGGUACUCUGUGGGCUACGCUACCCAGAAGUCUUGGCUGCUGAAUGCCACCGUGGAGGAUAACAUCACGUUUGGCAGUCCCUUCAACAAACAGAGAUACAAGACUGUGAUUGAUGCCUGCUCCCUGCAGCCUGAUGUAGACCUCCUGCCCUUCGGAGACCAGACGGAGAUCGGAGAGAGGGGGAUCAACCUGAGUGGAGGCCAGAGGCAGAGGAUAUGUGUGGCUCGGGCUCUCUACCAGAACACCAACAUCGUCUUCCUGGAUGACCCGUUCUCAGCGCUGGACAUCCACCUGAGUGACCACCUGAUGCAGGAGGGCAUCCUGAAGUUCCUACAGGAUGAUAAACGCACCGUGGUCUUGGUCACACACAAACUGCAGUACCUCAUCCACGCUGACUGGAUCAUAGCCAUGAAGGAUGGCUCAGUGCUGAGGGAAGGCACUCUGAAGGACAUCCAGACUCAUGAUGUAGAGCUGUAUGAACACUGGAAGACCCUGAUGAACAGACAGGACCAGGAACUAGAGAAGGACACUGAGAUUGAUAACUGUCAGACUGCUCUGGAGAGGAAGACCCUGAGAAGAGCUUUCUACUCCAGAGAGGCCAAGAACCAGGUCGACGAUGACGAAGAAGAGGAGGAAGAGGAGGAGGAAGAGGACGACAACAUGUCGACGACCACCAGUCGGCGCUCUAAGAUCCCGUGGAGGGUGUGCUGGCAGUACCUGUCCUCUGGUGGCUUCCUCAUGGUCUUCCUCAUGGUCUUCUCCAAGCUGCUGAAACACUCCGUCAUGGUCGCCAUCGACUACUGGCUGGCCGAAUGGACUGCUAAUGCCGAUGGCCCAGUCAAUGGGACUGCUAAUGGCGAUGGCCCAGUCAAUGGGACUGCUAUUGACGAUGCUAAUGGAUAUGCCCCAGACUUUGGAAAUGUUACAGGAGACUUUGUCAAUGCCUCUGCAGCAGCUGUCUUCUCCAAUCGGACAAACUCAGCGGCUGGUCUGCCUGACUCCUACUAUGUGCCAGUGUUUAUCAUCCUGUGUGGAGCGGGGAUAGCCCUGUGUCUGAUCACCUCUCUGACUGUGGAGUUCCUGGGUCUGUCUGCUGCUACCAACCUGCACCACAACCUGCUCAACAAGAUCAUCCACGCACCUAUCAGAUUCUUUGACGUGACCCCCUUGGGCCAGAUCCUGAACCGUUUCUCAGCUGACACCAACAUCAUAGAUCAGCACAUCCCUCCUACCCUGGAGUCUUUGACCCGCUCCACUCUGCUCUGCCUGUCAGCCAUCGGGGUCAUAGCGUUCGUCACCCCAAGCUUCCUCAUCGCUCUGAUUCCUCUGGCUGUGUCCUUCUACUUUAUACAGAAGUACUUCCGGGUCGCCUCAAAGGACCUUCAGGACUUAGAUGACUCCACCCAGCUUCCUCUGCUCUGCCACUUCUCUGAGACUGCAGAGGGACUCACCACCAUCCGAGCAUUCAGACAUGAAUCUCGAUUCAAGCAGAAGAUGCUGGAGCUGACAGAUACCAACAACACAGCCUACCUGUUCCUCUCUGCUGCCAAUCGCUGGUUGGAGGUCAGAACGGACUACCUGGGUGCUGUCAUUGUGUUAACAGCAGCAGUAGCCUCAAUAUGGAGCUCUGGCAAGAGCCUUCCCUCUAGCAUGGUGGGGUUAGGCCUGACCUACGCCCUCACAGUGACCAACUACCUGAACUGGGUGGUGAGGAACCUGGCUGACUUAGAGGUCCAGAUGGCUGCUGUCAAGAAGGUCAACAGCUUCCUGAGUACAGAGUCUGAGAACUACGAAGGCUCCAUGGAUACCACCCAGGUCCCCGAGGACUGGCCCCAGCAUGGAGAGAUAAAGAUCCAGGAUCUGUGUGUCCGUUACGACCCCCUUCUGAAACCUGUCCUCAAACACGUCAAUGCCUACAUCAACCCCGGACAGAAGGUGGGCAUCUGUGGACGCACAGGAAGUGGAAAGUCCUCCCUCUCUCUGGCCUUCUUCAAUAUGGUCGACGUGUUUGAAGGGCGGAUCAUCAUUGAUGGUAUAGACAUCUGUAAGCUGCCCCUCCAGACCCUGAGGUCUCGUCUGUAUAUCCUCCAGGACCCGGUGCUGUUCAGCGGAUCAUCCG